AUGCGUCUUCUUGUUCUUGCAGCAUCGCUUGCUCUUGCCGCAGCACAUCCUCCUUUUAACCAUCCCGGUUGGCCAUCACAGCCUCACCCCACGAACCCUGCUGCACAACCUUACUGGCAUGGUGACACUGCAUGUAUCUCGACUUCAGAUGCGUCUUUGAUUGCCACAAGCUUCGGCUUGACCAUCUCCAACUACACCGAAGCUCUUGCUGUCCAGCUUUUCACCAACAACUUCACCGAUCAGUCCGACAGUGUCAACACAUUGAUUCAUGAGCCAGGGCUGCAGGCUAAAGACCUUGGCUCUUUGACCUUCGCGUCAAAGGCAGACUUCCUCGCCGGACAAGGAGCUCAGCCUCCUGUCCCAUUCAAGAUCUUGGACCUUUGGAACACUUGCGAUACCGUUAUCAUCCGUUGGCUGUCCGCUCAAAGCCCUUUGCCUGUUCAAGGUAUCAGUAUCGCUACCGUGCAGCCUGCACCUGAGGGACAGGGUGGUGGUUUUGGCGUAGGUUCUCAAAAAUGGCAAAUCAGCAAGAUCGUUGCAGAGUUUAACUCAGGAGCUUGGUUGGGUGAUCUUGGAUACCCGGAGUGCAAAGUCGUAGCCAACGCUACUGCCACCACCUGA